AUGGAGCUGGCAGCGGGCCAGGCAGAGUCAAAGGGUCUGGGCAAAAGCGGAGGGUCUGCAAGGAAACCGAAGCAUCCCAACAGCCUCUACCGCAAGAUUCUCCCAUCCAUCAAGCUACUGAUCGAAAAACGCCGCAGGGCCCGCAUUAAUGCAAGCCUGGAGCAGCUGCGGAAGCUCCUUCAGCAUUUCCCUGAUCAACAGAACGCCAGAGCCUUAUCACGUUUGGAGAAGGCGGAGAUUCUGGAAACGACAGUGCAGCAGCUGUGCAGGCUGAAGAAGCAAGGUGCAGUUGCUGCUUCCAUUCCGCAAGACAGUCAAGAUUUUGUCUCUGGUUACUGCCACUGCGUCAAUACCAUCUGUAGCUUCCUUAACUCAGCUGGCUCCUCUUCGGCACAGGAGAUGAAAUCUCAGAUCCUACAACAUUUGGGAAGGAUUUCAGGGCCUGGGUCUACCAUUACAUCAGCCCUCAAGGCCUGGCAACCAGUAUUCAGCUUCUACGCCAUUGCCCCAGCUACAGAAACCUUGGAUUCAGCCAGCCUUGCUUGCAACAACCACCCACGUGUGGAGACCGUGGUGAAUGACGUUCCAGAAAAGUGA